AUGAGAGCAUACGAAAAUAAGUACACAAAAAUGAAGCAGAAGUGUCCUCAUUUAGAAGACGGACUCAGUCAGAGUAUGACUAGAAUUGGGUGCAAAAGGAACAGUUUUGCUCACGGCAGAAUCACAGGACGAAAUGAGUCAAUUUGCUCAAUCCAAGUAGUGUCGGCCGUGUCGUUGCUGACAUGUUCUUCUCAGCCAGAUUCUGCCGGAACCAAAUUCAUCUUCGGCUUUAUCCGUGAUGCUGAUCGAAAUAUUUCCAACCAAUUGCUAUCAGUUACAGUACUGAAUUCGAACACUUACGAUUGCUAUCUCGUAGUAGAUGAAGACUAUGACGGUAGUUCUGGAUUAAAGCAAUUCAAGGUACCAGCGACGAACAUGAUUGAGGUUUCUAUACCAUCCUGGUAUGGUUGGAUGUACGAUUCUGGAGGCAUGCAGGACGACAGGGGUCCAUGGCAACUGAUCUCUGCCAAAUCUUCUGAAGACUAUGACGGUAGUUCUGGAUUAAAGCAAUUCAAGGUACCAGCGACGAACAUGAUUGAGGUUUCUAUACCAUCCUGGUAUGGUUGGAUGUACGAUUCUGGAGGCAUGCAGGACGACAGGGGUCCAUGGCAACUGAUCUCUGCCAAAUCUUCGUGUCCAGUCACUUUGAUUGCGAACAAUCAUGAUAAUGCCACUUUUCAGGAGGAUUCUUACCUAGUUCUUCCAACAACAUGGGCUAAAUAUGGUCAAGUCUAUGCAUUCACACUUCCACCAGCCUCGAGUGAUGUAAAUCAGAAUCAGCAUAUCUCAAUCAUUCCUACGGAGAGAGACGUCAAAGGAGUACUGAAAGUUGGAAGCGACUCACUGGCAUUCACAGCAAAAUUCGCUGGUCCAACAACAUAUUUCAUGACAAAAACACCAAAUUCGGAACCGAAGACCUAUAAAAUAGAGGCAGACGGUCCAAUAUUGAUUCUUGCAGGUGUUACAUGUGCUGGAAACUACAGAUCUUGCGAUCAUGCUGCAUUUAUGCCUCAACCAAUGCCAAAGUCAUUAUGCCAGUCGGAAACGCCCAUUUCCGAAAAUCAUCCAACCUUUGUCCGAAGCUAUGUUAGGGAUAUCAAUGGUUUCUACGGAGAGCUCAUAAGUCUGUUUCCGCAGGGUUUCUACGUAAAUAUUCCGCAGAACUGUUCAUCACAGAUGAUGACGGUUUUAAAGAACCAAUAUCAGCUUUCUGAUUCGGAGCAGACACCUCUUCUCUCCUUUCCGUUUUUCCCGGAAGCCGUAAAUAUGCAUGUAGACACUGCGCCAAUCAACGUUGUUCGUUAUGACAAUGGUUUCGAUCAGGGAUGGCAGGGAACUUUCAUUACUACAGUACCGUCGACGAAUCAGUACAUCAGAGGUAGUUCGAGCUUUUUCACGAAAAACGACAACGAUACUGUAGAGGUCGUCUUCGCAAAUAACCUUUACUUUCACAUGAGUCUCGAUGGAUAUAGUAUUGUUGACUUCGCACUUGAUUUGCUACCAGUUGAUGACACGAUAGAAAACGUGGAUUACUUAGCAGCUAUCCUUACCGUACCAAAAAGAGGAUUCCACGUGAUUUCCUCAACUUCCGAUGGCCCUUACGUCUACUGCGUAAUUGGACGAAAUGAAAACUCCAUGUAUGGUUACUAUGGAGGCUUGAACAUGCCAGUGUAUACGUCACCUUCCACAACAACUUUAAAAACAACGACGAAAUCACCAACUUCGACAGUGAAACGUAUAUCCUCAACCUCAGCCCCAAGUUCUAAGACUUCAACUAACAUCCCAGUACCUUCGCCUACUCCUCGGAACAGACUUACAACGUCUACAGCAAUAACUAUGCCAUCAAGUUCCACGAUAACAACGACCACAUCGACUGCUCCUCCUGUGAAGACACCGACAAAAUUGCCUACCACGCCUUCUUUAAGCUACUCACUCUCGUCGUUCUUCUUAGCUAUAUUAACAACUUGUUUGUCGUUGCUACUGUAA